GAAUAACCUUAAAAGGCACGCUUACGCCCAUGAUCAACAGGGAAAUUGAUACUCACGAACCCCCCCGCACCUGAAGCCCACUUACUUUUCUUUCAUCGCCAUGUCGGAGUCUGAUAUUGUUUGCACCCUCGAUACCUGCCCUAUCGAAUAUGGCUACAUCAAUUACCAGCCAAAUGUCGCAGGGAACCUCUUUUUUGUGGCUCUUUACGGCGUCCUUCUUCUCGCGCAGCUGGCGCUGGGAAUAUUCAACCGUACAUGGAGUUUCACCAUAGCAAUCAUCCCAGGCCUCAUCCUGGAAAUCCUAGGUUAUUUGGGACGAUACUUUCUUCACAACAACCCAUUUAGUUUCGAUAAUUUCCUACUUUAUCUCAUCUGUCUGACGAUAGCACCUGCCUUCUUCACCGCUGCCAUCUACCUUUGUCUCGCACGAAUCAUCAUCGUCCACGAGGGCGAGGACAUAUCCCGACUUCGUCCCCGGACAUACACUAUCAUUUUCAUCUGCUGCGACGUAAUCUCACUGAUCCUGCAAGCCGCUGGAGGGGCAGUCACGUCCAUCGCGGAUGAGAGAUCCCUGCGAGACACAGGCGUAAACGUCAUGAUAGCGGGCCUAGCAUUCCAAGUUGUGUCACUGGCCCUGUUUAUGGCUCUCUCUCUGGAAUUUGCUUAUAGCGCUUGGAGGCGCUCGCGGAGAACCGCUGCAGUUGCAGACAAGGAGGGUACAUACGCCGAUGUACGAGAAAGCUUGAAGUGGAAGUUAUUCCUUGCUGGUCUUGCGGUCGCCACGAUCACCAUCUUCGUGCGGUCGUUCUUCCGCGUUUUUGAGCUCAAGGGUGGUUUCGAUAGUCGGUUGGCGAAUGAUGAGGUGGCAUUGAUGAUACUGGAGAGCGGGAUGGUUGCCAUUGCGUGUAUCUGUCUGACAGUGCUCCACCCCGGGGUUGCGAUGGGGAGAGCUUGGGGACAAAUUAAACUGUCUACUUCUAAGCGGGAUACGUAAAUAUGGAUGAUUCUUUUUUCUUUUCUCUUUCCUUUUUUCUUCUUUUUUCUUCUUUUUUGUUUGCUUUGACAAUUUUAACGCUUAGGCAGGCGGUUGAAUAUUAUCGAAUAGCUCUAGCAAAAGGUCUCUUGUUUCUCGUUAACGAUGACCCUUUUUAUUAUGAUUAUAUGUAUAAGAUUGA